AUGUCUGCCAACGACCAGUAUCAAACGCCAUUGGCGUCUCGAUAUGCCAGCAAUGAGAUGAAAAAGAUAUUCUCUGCCCGCGAACGAGCUACGACAUGGCGCAAACUCUGGCUUUGGCUAGCAGAAGCCGAGAAGGAGCUCGGUAUCAAGCAGAUCAGCGAUGAGGCGGUUGAGGCGAUCAAGGCCAACGUCGUGGUGAGCGAUGAGGCAUUCAAAGUCGCCGCUGUUGAAGAACGCCGCCGGAGGCACGAUGUCAUGGCCCAUGUAUAUGCGUUGGAAAAGGAUGCUCCUGCGGCUGCUGGUGUUAUCCAUCUUGGAGCUACGUCGUGCUAUGAUUUGAUCUUCAUCCGCGAUGCGCUUGAUUUGAUUCUCCCAAAGCUUGCCAAAGUUAUCCACAACCUCGCCCAGUUCUCCCUCAAAUACAAGGAUCUUCCGGCCCUUGGAUUCACUCACUAUCAAGCAGCCCAGGCAAUCACCCUCGGUCGACGUGGUGCUCAAUGGCUUCAAGACCUUGUCAUGGACCUCGAGGAUAUUGAGUAUGUGAGAGCCGGCCUUAAAUUUAGAGGGGCACAGGGGACCACUGGAACACAGGCUUCAUUCAUGGAGAUUUUCCAAAAUGAUGCCUCAAAGAUCGAUAGGUUGAAUGAAAUCCUUUGUGAAAAAGCCGGAUUUUCAAGCUGCUACGACAUCUCUACACAGACAUAUACUAGAAAGGUUGAUUUGCGCAUUGCCAAUGCCCUUGCAGCCCUCGGUGCAACGGCCGUUCGCAUUGCAACAGAUCUUCGCCAUCUUGCUCAUGAUAAAGUCAUGGAAGAGCCUUUUGAAAAGGAUCAAAUUGGCUCAUCUGCCAUGGCUUACAAGCGUAACCCAAUGCGCUCGGAGCGAAUCUGCAGCAUUGGACGGAAAUUGAGCAACGUAUCAGCAAGCUUCUCUGAAACGUUCUCUGGUCAAUGGCUUGAAAGAACCUUGGAUGACAGCGCCAUCCGUCGUAUUGACAUUCCUGAGAUGUUCCUCAUGGCAGACGCCAUUCUUAUAAGUCUUGACAACGUUACCAAUGGGCUUGUUGUAUACCCAGCUAUCGUUAACUCCCAGCUGCGAGAGGAACUACCAUUCAUGGCAACUGAGAAUAUCAUAAUGAAACUGUGUAGCCACGGAGUCUCACGUCAAGAAGCCCACGAGGAGAUCCGUGUUCUCUCACACCAAGCUGCCCACGUUGUGAAGAUGGAAGGCGGAAAGAAUGAUUUGAUUGAGAGAAUCAAGAAGACUGAGUUCUUUAAACCAGUAUGGGGUGAGAUUGAUGGUCUUCUUGACCCUAAGCUGUUUAUCGGCCGAUCUCCUGAGAUCGUUGAGAGAUAUGCAGGGCCCGGUGGACCUGUCGAGAAGAAGUUGGAGAAGUAUAAGGAUUAUAUUAUGACUACGGCUACAGCUGAACUAUCUGUCUAA